UGAGUGAGUGUGUGUGAGAGAGAGGGAGAGCGAGAUAGAAGCGCUUCAGUGAAGCUCACCUGGUUGUCCAUGCACGGAGUUACUUACUUUCCCCCUUUCCACUUUCCCGCUCUUUACUGCGUUUUUGACACCAUCAAAACACUGAGUUUGUUUCAAGAAAUCUAAUCAUUCGAGGACUGGGAAAUCUGGAAAUGAAGAGAGACUUUACAAUUUUCUGUCGGAUUUGGAUUGGGAUCGCUUAUGCCUCAGGUCUGGUGAUUGGUUAUUCUAUGACUCCGCCCACCCUUGACAACCUCAAAGACGAUCUUGUGAUUCAAGCCGGUGACACUCUGAAUAUUACAUGCAGGGGACAGCGCACACUGGACUGGGCCUGGCCUGAGGCUACCCUCCAGAAGACCCAGCCCAGUGAUCGGCCUCACCACGACCAGGACCAGAACCAGAACUCGGACCCAGACCAAGACUCGGACCGGGACCCAGAGACCGGCGGGCCCGGUCCGAGGGCUGUGCGGGUGGAGGAGUGCCAGGGCGAGGCGGGGAAACCCUACUGCAAGACUCUGACGCUCAGCAACGCCCAGGGCAAUGACACGGGCUACUACCGCUGCUUCUACCAGGACAUCAGGGCCAUCAUCGAUGGCACCACCGCCGCCAGCGUCUACGUUUUCGUCAAAGAUCUCAAUCAGCCAUUUGUCAAAAGUGAGAUAGAGGCUAUCUUUGUCAGCGAAUCUUUGGCCGAUGUCGUCGUACCCUGCCUGGUAUCCAUCCCUGAGCUUAAUGUCUCUCUAAUCCGAACAGACCUGGCAGGUCCGGCUCUCCUAAAGGAUAGUGAGACAACAUGGAACAACAAGCAGGGAUGGUCAGUGCCUAGGCGCAUCAUAGACAAUAUUCCAUAUUUAUUUGGCUUUUUGUGCACCGCCAACUUCGAAGGUCAAGAAUUCAAGUCGUCUUUCUACAUGGUACACUUCACAGGAAGCAAAGUUUACGAUCUCAAGCUGUUUCCUGAGGACCCGGUGGACCUGAUGGUGGGGGAGGCGCUGGUGCUCAACUGCACGGCCAUGGUGGAGUUCGACGCGGGCGUGGACCUCCAGUGGCACUACCCCAGGCAACAGGUGAACCAGUCGGUCAUCCCCCAGUACAGCCGCAACUCUCUAGCCCAGGCCACCGAGGCCACAAGCAUCUUCACCAUCCGGGACGUCAGCGUCACAGACACAGGCACCUACACCUGCACUGCCCAGAGCAUGCACGCCCUGGCGAAGAGGGCCACUGUGGUCAUCGUUCAUGAAAAACCCUUUAUCAGCUUGGACUACAAGAUUGGGCCUGUGGUAGAGACAACAGCUGGGGAGAAAUCCUUCAAGCUGUCCGUCAAAGUGUCCGCGUACCCGACUCCCGAGACUCAAUGGCUUAAAAAUGGUAAAGUGAUAAACAGCAAACGGCCGGAGUUUAAGAGGAUGAAACUUCAGCACCAGACCCUGGAGAUCCGUGACGUGUGCGAACUGGACGCAGGGAAUUACACCGUGGUGAUGAGGAACCCAGCGGCAGCCCUGGAGAAGAGGCUCAGCCUCACCCUCAUCGUCAAUGUGCCUCCUCAGAUCCAUGAGAAGGAGGUGGCGCCGCCCACCAACCCGUACCCCCGCGGCAGCAGGCAGACCCUCACCUGCACCGUGUACGCUGUUCCCCCGGCAACCAUCACCUGGCAUUGGAGACCAUGGAGCCCCUGCGGCCUCAACAGCACACGGCGCAGUCUUGGUCGCAGAGGAGCCCGAGAUAAAAUCCCCAAUUGCCAGAACUGGCAGAGCCUGGACCCAGAAAACUCUGUCAACGCCAUCGAAAUGCCAAAGAGCUGGACAGAGCUAGUGGACGGCAAAAAUAAGACGGUCAGCUCUGUGGUCAUACAGAACGCCAACGUGUCUGUCAUGUACAAGUGUUCUGCAGAAAACAAGGCCGGAAUGGACGAGCGGCUCAUCUACUUCUAUGUCACCACCAUCCCUGAGGGCUUCGGUAUAGAGCUGGAGCCGGGCGAGCAUCCCCUGGAGCAGGAGCUGGUGCGCCUCAAGUGCAGCGCUGACAACUACACCUACGAGGAGCUGCGCUGGUACCGCCUGGACCCGCACGCCGUGCCGCCCGACUGCCGCAGCCUGCACCGCUAUGGCGUGGCGCUAGGGGGCGACCUGUUCUUCGAGGUUGCCACCAACUACUGGGUGCUGGAGCUGACCAUGGAGAGCGUGCAGCCCAGCGACGAGGGCAACUACGUGUGCGAGGUGCGCAACAGGCGCUCGGGCGAGAAGCACUGCCACGCCAAAUACGUGCCUGUGAAAGCUCUGGAGGCCCCUCAUUACAGGCACAAUCCGACCAAUCAGACGGUGAACGCCAGCGAGUCCCUGCAGAUGGAGUGUGAUGUGGAGGGCACCCCUGCCCCACAGCUCUCCUGGUUCAAGAACAACCAGCCGCUGCACCACACCUCAGGGAUCCUGCUUCAGGACUCCAACCGGACUCUUAGCAUCCAGCGUGUUCGGGAGGAGGACGCCGGUGUGUACACAUGCAAAGCCUGCAACCAGAGGGGCUGUGUGCACGCCUCGGCAACCGUCACCGUCAUCGCGCCCCCUAGGGAGAUGGUGGAGGUGGUGAUCCUAAUCGGCACCGGGGUUAUUGCUAUCUUCUUCUGGGUCCUCCUCAUCCUCAUCUUCUGCAACGUCAAGCGGGUUAACCCUGCCGACAUUAAGACAGGGUACCUGUCAAUCAUCAUGGACCCAGGAGAGGUGCCUCUGGAGGACCAGUGUGAAUACCUCCCCUACGAUUCCAGCCAAUGGGAGAUCGGACGAGACCGCCUACGCCUCGGAAAAUCACUGGGUCACGGAGCGUUCGGUAAGGUGAUGGAGGCGACCAUCUUCAGUAAUGAGAAGAAGGGGAGUCUGGACACUGUGGCAGUGAAGAUGCUGAAAGAUGGAGCCACAGCGAGCGAACAUAAAGCACUUAUGUCAGAACUGAAGAUCCUCAUUCACAUCGGAAACCACCUGAACGUCGUCAACCUCUUAGGCGCCUGCACCAAACCAAACGGGCCCCUGAUGGUGGUGGUGGAGUACUGUAAAUAUGGAAAUCUUUCCAACUUCCUGCGGGCCAAGAGAGAAUUCUUCCUGCCGUAUCGGGACCGAUCGCCGAAAACGCAGAGUCAGGUGAGGCGGAUGAUCGCGGCAGGACAGGCGGAGCAGCAGCAGAGGGGGCGACUGGCCCCCCACCACCACCAUCAGUCCGGCGGGAGGGGGGGGCGCCGCAGUCCACAGGAGUCUGUGGAGAAAAUGGACGACCUGUGGAAAACUCCACUGACGGUUGAGGACCUCAUCUGCUACAGCUUCCAAGUGGCACGAGGGAUGGAGUUUCUUGAUUCUCGAAAGUGCAUCCACCGAGAUUUGGCCGCACGGAAUAUCCUGCUGUCCGAAAGCAAUGUGGUGAAGAUUUGUGACUUCGGCCUGGCGCGAGAUAUCUACAAGGACCCAGACUACGUGCGGAAGGGCAACGCCAGACUGCCUCUGAAGUGGAUGGCCCCCGAGAGCAUCUUUGACAAGGUGUACACCAGCCAAAGUGACGUCUGGUCCUUCGGAGUGCUUCUCUGGGAGAUCUUCUCUUUAGGUGCGUCUCCGUACCCAGGUGUUCAGAUAGAUGAAGACUUCUGUAAACGCUUGAAGGACGGUACCAGGAUGAGAGCCCCAGACAACGCCUCCCCCGAAAUAUACGGGAUCAUGCUGGCCUGCUGGCAGGGAGAGCCGAGGGAGAGGCCCACGUUCCCAGCGCUGGUGGAGUUCCUCGGGGACCUUCUGCAGGACAACGGCCUCCCUGACGGGAAGGACUACAUACCGCUCAACGUGUCCCAGAGCUCAGAGGACGAUGGCUUCUCACAGGCGUCUUCCAGACCCCCGUCAGAGGAGGAGCUGAGGCUGGCCUGUAACACCCUCCCCAACAGGUAUUACAACUGUGUCCCAUUUGGUGGCUGUGUGCUAGUGGGACCUUCCAACAUCUGCCACUCGCGGGUCAAGACCUUCGAGGAGGUUCCUCUGGAGAUGACCUCCCACAAGGCCCAUCAUGACAGCAGCCAGACAGACAGUGGGAUGGUCCUGGCGUCGGAGGAGUUUGAGAGGAUCGAACACAAACACAGAGGAGGCAUCUCCAGGAAUCCUCAGAUUGGCAGGAGUACAGAGCGCCUGAUUGGUGCGUCGGUUCAUGGUUCACGGCCGCCGUUCCUCUCUCAGCUCUCGGGUCAGACGUUCUACAACAACGAGUACGGGCAGCUGUCCGAGGAGGGCAUGGGUCUGGACUUCUUCUCCGUCCCCGAUGACCUGGUCUCCGAGGGAAGCGGUCCCGCCUCAUCCAACCUGUGACACUCCAGCCCCAUUGGCGAGUGACAGGUGUCAGUCAUCACUGAAUCCACGCCCCUGCCCUUUAACUGCCCCACCCUCCCCAAACCACCCAAAAAAGAAAAAGGGAAAAAAAAGUAAUCCAAACCUUACCCUCCAUUCAUUAACCAUACUUUCAUUUGGACUGUUAACUUCACAGUGUGCCUUACCACGCCUGCCUUAAACCCCUUCCAACCAACUUCCUAUACACACACAAAUACACAUACACACACACACACACACUUCUACACAGUAACAAUCUCUCACACAGUGAACUGAGGUCGUUGUGUGCCAAGUUCUCUUUGCAGCCACUGGGUGGCGCCCUUAUGUGAAAAUCAAACGAAGAAAAAGUAGAAGAAUAAGUAUUUUAUAUCAUCUACUAGCUACAUUUAGCCUUUUCUCAAGAGUAUACUUCUGUUGUGUAUUUGUAAAAAAAUAUUAAAAACUGAAAACAAAUAAUCCUGAA